AUGUACGUGAAGAUAGAGAGUGAACGACUACGAUACUUGCGACAUAACCAACAGAAGCUGCGUGCGGAAGAAUACAUUCACUUGCAAAAUGCUAUUGUGAACAACGCUGAUACUGCCGAAAUUGUCCACGUCACAUGCAAGAAUAUAUACAGGAUGCUUUUGACUUUCGUGCGCGAAUAUGGACGACCGUGUUUUUAUUACUUUUACAUGUAA